AGUUACAAGUCCUGAGAGUGGUGCAGAAUUGAAGGCAGCCAGUCUCGUACAGCAGUUGAGCAAACUCAAGACAGAGAUGAAGGAAAUGAAAACGGAUCUUAUCAAGAAUCUUCAUUCUGAAGGGAGAGAUGGCAGAGUUCGACAGAGCCACCUCCAUUCACCGACUAGGAGGAGACGUGCCGAAUUGCAUGAGGAGGCUGAGAGGGAAUGGGAUGAGCUAAUGCAGCGACGGCUUCAGCCAGCGCCUGUCGAUCUUUAUCUGAGGAAACCUCCCACACUGCCAGACACCACCCUCCCUUUCUCCCAACCCAAGCAGCCCCUCUCCCCAUCCCAUUACAACGCUCCCCUCCACCCCUCCCUGUGUGCGGAUGCCAAGGCCGUCCUGGACAAGGUCCAGUCCAGCAAGUCGUGUCUAGAAGCCAACUUGGAGGCAGUUGUUAGAGCCAAGGAGCAAGAAGAGUUCUAUAAUUACCUCGAUAGUCUCCAUCUCCACGGAGAAGCUGCUGAGAAGGCGCAGCUGAGAUACAGAGUGGGAAGAAUGAUUGCUGCGCUAGAUGAUGAAAUUAAGCAAGAAGUCAGCAAGCCAAGGAAGCCCCAUCCAUCAGUACACAUUCCAGAGAAAGACACCACAGGAGCAGGACUUGGCCAAGGACCAGCAGCAUCAGCUAGAUUGGCCAGGGCUGGGGGUAGAAAGAAGCCUGUCUCAGCUAGGAUAGACAGCGGCUUGAGGAAGGGGCAACAACCACCAUCUGCAGUGGGGGAGAAGGCCGGAACCGUAGGCAGACAUAAUAAAGAGAAUGUGGCACAAACCAAGAAACAGCCGGCAAGUCGAGCCAAAAAACAGAUGCCAAUCGACCACAAUCAGGAUGAAGCUUAUCUCACAAGAAUAUACGGUAAAGCGUUGUACCAAGCCAGACGAUCCACUAUGAAGAAAGAGCCUUACCUGAAAUAUGCAACAUCAAGCCCACAGCCAAAGCCUUCCAGGGUACCCUUUGCCUCCCAGGUGAAAGGAACUGAAAUGAAAUCGGCCAAGAUCCAAACAGAAUCCUCGUCGAGAACCAUCCAGAUCCCAAGACCAGCUAACCAAUUCUUCUUUGACCCCUACCCUCUGACAUCAUCCAGUGUACAGCAUCCACAAUCAGGACCCACCCCAGUCCUCCCAUCUCCCCCAGUCCACCAUCAACCCGUGCCCCUGACUGCCCCUAGCCAUGGCCAGCUUAUACCCAUGGCCGUAGCGCUGGCUCCCCCACAGGUCGGUGGACUGACCCAGCCUGUGACCAUCCAGACAGAUGGUCUGGAGAAAGGGGUGGUCAAGGAGUUGGAGAAGAGGGAGGUUAGGAGCAACGUGGCGGUUGUCAACAUACAGUCUGAGGAAAAGAGACCAAAGCUGACAGUACAGCAUCUUCCAGCUGUUGACAUAGACACGGAACUGUCCAGUCAGGCCUCGAGUGUGGCAGAGCAUGAUAGAGUACCAGAGGGAGGAACGCCAAAAGAUAGAAGAGCGGAAAUCACUCCACCGGAUGAAGAGAAUCUCCCCGGUCAAACACAGUUUUCCCACUACCUAGCUGUUACUGAAGAUGCAGAGCCGGAGGAAGAAUCAGAAGAUGAGCUGCCUACUCCUGGUAUCUCGUUGCCAGGCCGUUACACAGAGACAAGACGACCCUAUCAUGGCCCGCCCUUCCCUCCCCAAGCCCCACACCCCAAUCCAUCCAAUGUAGGACCAUCCUCAGAUCAACUGGCCGGUGGCAUCCGCAAAGACAUCAUGGAGAACGCAGCAAUGGAAUGGAUUGAGCAGGAGUUGAUGGCUCGAAUGAUCAGUGAGUUAUACAGUCGGCAACCAGUCCAAGAACCAAGACCUGUCUCCCCUGAUUCUAGCAUGGCCUCAUCAGCAAACGAUUCCAUUGUUGAGACCAUAGGCCCGGCCGGACUGCAGCUAUUUGUGGAUGCCGGUCAAGCUGUGGACCACACGCUGGUCAGCGCCUUGGUCCGAGAGGUGCUAGAAGAGAAAGUGACCGCUGCCGUUGGCCAGCACGACCGGGAUAUUCCUGGCAGGCAGCCAACAACACCAACACCUCCAGUCAUGCCACAAACUGAUUCCAAGUCGCCAAUUCCAACUCCCGAGGUGACUCCUAAAGCAAGCCCAGUACACACCCCACCCCUGAUGGCCUCAAGGGUUGCCACACCCCUGGCCAGUCCCAGUGGGGCAUCCCCUGUCGAAUCGGAGACAGAGAGUGUGAAAGAGCUGGCGCUGACUCAGAACACCACAACCGGAGAUGAGCCCAUAGCUGCCCCACGCACCCAUGUCACAACUCCCAUCAAUACCCCAGCCCCGUCCCCACCACCUGACAUCCCUACCCCAGAGAGGUCCCCCAGGGAGUCGCCAAAGCUGAUCUCAGUGGCAGAUGGUUUUGUCGUUACUCCGGUCAGAACGCCUGAGCCUGUCAGUCCAGAGCCAGAAGUUGAGGAGUCUGUGGUUCUGCCACCGUCACCAGAACCUGUAGUUGUUGAAGAGGAGCCAGUACCACCAACACCGUCCCCCUCCCUUCCUACUCCUUCAACUCCCACCCCUACACCUAGCUCGGAUACUACCACCCAGCCUACUCCAAGCACAGAAACGGCGGGACACACCAUUUCGGAAGGGGAGUGGCUCAUCAGCGUGAAGAGUGAGGGGCAAGUUGAAGAGUCUACAGAAGACGAGCCUGGUGUUGUUGCUAUGCGUGAAGUUUCCAACUCUAGCAGCAUUGACAGCACUCUCAUGGGAGCAGAAGACAUUGAAAAAGAUAUGCAGGAAUAUGAACUCAGUGAGGGUGAAAUCUCACCCAUCAAGCGCACUCCCAAACUCCACAGCCAAGACCCUGUGGUAGCCAUCCUGGCCCAUAUGAGACAACGACCGGAUCCCUCAGCCGGCCCUAUUGGUAUCCCGCCCUAUCCGACAGCCUCACAGACCCUCAACAACAAUGACACCAAGAGCCUGGGAGAGGUCAGUCUGGGCCAAUGCCCAGCCCUGACCCCAUCCUCUGAGAGACUGCUUUUCAAAGAGGCGUAUGGUGCAGAGCCUCCCGAGGUGACCCCAAGGUCAGGGGUUGCCAAGAGGUCACCAGGAGAGGUUGGUAGCGAGGAGGAACAAGUCAGGGCAGGGAAGCAAACAGUUGAGGACUCUACCAUGAGGAUGUCACAACUUGAUGGGACGAAACGUGAAGAGCCUACUCGUGACAAGGAAUCGGACACUGCAGGACAGAGGACCACAGUAACCAGACCACUCCCAGCUCAAAGAAUCAUUCAGGUUGUUGGGAAAUCUUCCAGCCCUGAACCUGCACAGAGGGACAGGACAAAGGAUCUCAGCGAAAUGAUACCUAGACAAGAAUCAGAUGACAUCAGUGAAGGAAGCAUCGACGGUGAAGAUAAUGAUGAUGAUGAAGGUGGUGUCAACCAGUCUGGAGUAAGAGAGAAGAUUACAUCUCGUGCUCCCAUACCAUCCAAUCUAUUUGGGACACAGACCAUGAGUGACCUGGACACACGAACACUGACCCCAGACGCCCUCAAUCUGGAGGCUCUCCUCCAAUCAGGAUACCUGAGUCAGACCUUCAGCCAAUCAGAGGGAGGCACCAGUGAAUUUGAGUUCACAAAGCCCUCCAUGGUCCCUGUGGGGGUCUCAUCAGGGAUCCAACUCCCAGCCACUAGACCUCGGGCGUUUGAAGCAGAUUCCCCUGAGGGACCACAUAAGCGAAAGGACGAUGGCACCAAGGCUGGAGGUGGGAUGUCCUUCUCUGUGACGCUUCCAUCCGCGGUAGAGUCUGCGGGUUUGGAUUUGAGUCAGACUAUUAGCGAGGGGGAGAUACCUGCCGCGGAUACAACCAGCGAUAUCUCAGAAAUCUCUGGUGGACCAAUAUUAUGAGGGUUGUUGGCCUCGGUAAUCUAGGUUCUUCUGUGAGAUGUACACACCAGCCAUGCUUGACAGUGGUGUCUUACUAUUGGGAGCACAUUUAGAUGGUCCUAACCAAAAACUGGUUGGUUUUUUGUCAUUGGUUUAAUGUUUUGACAAUGGAAUUGUGAAGUGGUGACACGUGAAUUACUGCGCUUCCAAAAUUGACAAAAUGCUUAACCAGUGAGAAUGACAAAACCAGUUUUGGACUGCGAAACAUACACAUCCAUGCAUGAUGAACACCAUUAUCUAUAUACUGACUGGAUAGUGCUCAUUGUCGUAAACAAAGAAGUGAAGCUCCUUUGCGUUACUUUUUGACUUCAGCCCUUUGAUCUUGACAUUCUUUCCAGUAAGUAUUUAGAUUAUUUAGGCCUAAUAUAGACCUUAUGCGUAGCAGCCAUCUUAGAGUGCAAUGUCUUUGUUUUGCUGGGAUUUGCAUGAGUGAACCUUUUGUGCAUUAAUUGUUACUGAAUUCAAAUAACAAAAUAUGCCCUCUAGCUAAGAUGGCGACUAUGCGUUUAUAAGUCUAUUCAUGGCAUCACAACGACUGCAUCUUAAUUGUUAUGUCAAAUAGAGAUAAGUAUAUAUGUAUGCUUUUAGUGUGUAGGCAUAGGCUAAAUGCCACUCAAAAUGUCACAAAAUUGGGUCUAUAGUAUACUUUAUUCAAGUGUAUAAUCACAUGAUAUUGCCCGGGUCAAAUCAUGUCAGCAGCUAAGAUGCAUAAACAUCAAUGGGUGUGUCAUAUUAGUAUUAAACCAAAGAUAUUGUUAAAACAAAUAAUACGAGUUGGCACAUUAGCUACACAUGAACAAAUGUAUUACAUGUACUAUUAACAUUCUAGAUGAUUGCACACGUAAAGGGCAUCUACUUACACUGAUUUACCAUAUGUCACUUCUUGUGGCAAACAGUAGCCUGUGUCCAAAUUUGGUGAUAUGGGGAGACCUUGUAUUUUGACAAAGUUGAUAUCAAGUUCUGAUGUAUAUAUAUACAUUUUUGUAACCUAGGAUAUCCUGGGUGUUGGAGUUGAAAGCAUGAAAAGCUACCUAGUAUACAAUAAACCAAUUCGGUAUUUCAUUCCCGCGUAGUAUAGUAGCGUAGUAUGCAAGAAUAACCUGGGUUUGUUUGGCUGAAAUAUACUGCCACUUCCAGUUAGUUGCACCAUAGUCUCUGGAGGGUGACAAGGACAAUAAAUUUGGGAACUGAAAAUAUCUGGUUCAUUGAAUUACUGAAAGGGGUGUGCAGAUCUGAUUGUGCUUCCUAUAGUAACCUAUUGCAUAUUGGGCACGUCUCUGCCUUUCCUCUGCUCUCUGACCACGCUACCCGGUCCUGCUCCUUGCAGCCUCCCUUCAGAUGUCACUCUCAGAUGGCGUCCGUAAAAUGUCCCUUUGCGAGACGGUACCUUCCUGCCUCCUCAAACUCUGGUACCUCAAUUAAGAGGUUUUUUGCCAACUGCCCAGGCCCGAGACAGGCAUUCAGCAGGCCCAUGAGCUUGUCAAGGUUGUACGGUUUAACUCGUCUAUCUCCCCAUACAAUUCGGCAGCAUCUGCAGCACCACACCCUUUAGACUUGCUGCCAGAAAACGGCAGCCUCAUAUUCAUCCCAACCAUUAACCAACCUGCAAGACUCAAAGUGGCCCCGGUAGUCGAUCAAUGGUUGUUGACCGUCAAAACAAUCGGGUGGUUUGCACCUCUGGUGUCCCAAUUGCUGUCCCAGAAUUUGGUACUGGAGCAUUACUAGUGUUCCUAUCAGUCUCCUGCUCCAGGUUAGUUGAGGCGUAUCAUGUUACCUCCUGGUGUGGAAAGAGCCUCUCUGUUCCAAAAGUUGGUCCAUAUACCAAAGAGUUGCAGCCUCCUCUGGUGGGGGAGUGUCUCACCCAAACUCUAGUCUGUUAGUCCACACCUCUGGUGUUGGUCCUUAUCUGUCCUCGUUACUGCUACAUGAGGUGUACCAGGAAAUCAUUCCCUAGUUACAUCCUCUUCAGUUGUAUUAGGCAUGCAUCUCAUUGCCUUGUGCUCCGGUAACCAUGCUGCCUUUUUCUUCAAGUUGACAGCAAUGGAUUGUAUUUGUAGUGGUGUCCACAAUGGAGAUAACUGCGCCCUGACUUCACGUUCACAACCAUCAGCCUCCUGCGCUGCCUCCUGGUCAGCAACUCGAUCCUGACUGCUGACUGUGCAGUUUCCCAAUCCAAGGUAGGGGAUGGUCUGAAGGUCACCCCUGAUGGCCGAAGCUCCCACGGCAGGGUCUUCAUGAUGCACUCCGGCCAUACUACCCAAGUCCUGCUCCCAGCAGCCUCCUAAUUAGGAUCCUAACUGAUCAGACUCCCAUGUCUUGCUCCGAUCCUGUUUUCCCCAGUAUUUGGUCCCAAGAUCUCCGAUCUUGGUUUCUGCUUGGAAACCGGCUGAUACAAAGUUCCCUAAGUCUCUGAUGCCUGCCAUGCAAAGCGCAAGUGGAGUUGCGCUCCUAUCAGUUUGAGGGAGUUCAGCUGACCAGCUACAUGUACUCACCAAGAUAGCUCCAUAAAUGCGUCUCACCAGAGAGACGACGUGCAAUGCGCACAGUUUUAAAAGCCUUGCUAUUGAUGUAGCCUUAAAAUGUUACCUUAUACAGAAGUGGAAGAAUCCACUACAAUACUGCACACCAAGCGUUCGGCAACUGCACCCUUUUGCGACACCUGCAAUGCAUAGGCGAUGUCAAUAGUUUGGGUAGUUUGGGUCAAGGGUUGUUUGGGAUAAAGACGUCUGACAGCAUACACGUACCAGAGGUCGGUGCUUACCUUAAAAUUGGUUAAACGUGGCACUUACCAAAAUCAAUUGAAGAUAAUACCAUAAAGCACCAAUACGACUUUGUCUUGGAGAUCACUGUUGAUGUUUAUCUCGAAUGACCUAUGACCCACCAUAUUUACUACAUGCAGAGUUCAGAUACUGAAUUGGAUUAUUGUCUGUUACAUGCAAGUCUUCUGAUCCCAGUUGUUUGUUAAAACAUUGACUCUCUUUAUUAAAUGAUUGUCUCAAAUAAAACCUGAAAUUUGAUGAAGUUAUUUUGACCAUUAGGAAACUGUACCAAUUUCUUGUUACCAUUCUUGUAGAUUUUUAUGUCAUAAAAUUGUUAUAUUUGCACCAUCCCUGUGCUAAACAGGAGAUGGCAAUGUGAAUUUGUAUAUUGGCAUCACAAAGUGUUUAGAAACCAUGUGUUUUUUUGUGACACUGUAAUAUAACGACCACUCGUAUGUGAAUAAACAUACAUGUAUUCAUGAUGGUUGGAGAACAAA